CGCGGCGGCGGCAACGACGGUGGUGGGUCCGCCCGUCUUUGCAGGAGCGGGAUAGGUUGGGACAGGCGAACAAUCUCUUGCCACUGCUUCGCGAUCGAGACGUCGAGUACUACAGAGAGUUCCUGCGCAUGUCACCCAGCAGCUUUGACACACUGAUGGAGCUCCUUGGCCCCCGCAUCGCAAAAAACGACACGCGGUUUCGCAAGGCUAUACCUCCAGACCACCGCCUGGCACAAGUUAUUAGAUUGCUGGCUGUUGGCGAUACCCUGCGGUCAUCUGUCUUUAAUUUCUUGGCUGGCAGGUCCACAACGUGCAACCUUGUUUCAGAGGUGUGCCUGGCCAUUUGGGAAGUGCUUGGUCCUAUAUAUGUUAUAACGCCAUCAUCUCCAGAUGAAUGGUUGAGGGUCUCCGAAGAGUUUGAGCGCAUCUGGAACUUGCCACACUGCCUAGGCGCAAUAGACGAAAACCAUGUCAAUAUUCAGUGCCCGAACAAUUCAGGCAGUGUGGACAGAAACUAUAAGAAUGCUUUCAGCAAGUCGAUGCUUGCAAUCACUGAUGCACACUACAGGUUGUUGUUUGCAGAAGUAGGCCACAAUGGCAGCGAAUCAGAUGGGGGUAAUUUUAGCCGGACCCCAUUCUUCAAGAGAGUUGACCAAAGCCAGCAAGGGAUUCCUGAAGACUCUCCUUUGGCCGACAUUGGCAGCACGCCCUACUUCUUUGUAGGAGAAGAAGCGUUUCCUCUGAAAACCUACCUCAUGAGGCCGUAUGCAAGGAAGAGCAGGUAA